AUGCUAAGAUGUCUCAGGAGAUCAUACAGCUCGGCUGCAUCCGUGGAGUUGAUAGCAUCUGUGCGUGAUCCCAAAUUUCGCAUACCAGGUGAUGCCACCAUCUUCAGCGGGAUCCAGCCCACAGGAAUAUUUCACCUGGGCAACUAUCUCGGGGCAACAAGGGUCUGGAGUGAUCUUACAGAGAGAAUUUCCGAGGAAAAAUUGAACAGUGAGCCCAUGUUUAUGGUGGCCGAUUUGCACUCCAUUACCGUUCCUCAAAUAGCUUCAGACCUCAGAACCAUGCGCAAGCAGGCUCUUGCCAGUAUCAUUGCCUGUGGUGUGGACCCAGCAAAGGCGAGACUAUUUUACCAAUCCACGGUACCGGAACAUUCCGAGCUUAACUGGGUGAUAUCCUGCUCCACCCCAGUGGGAAUGCUUAACAGAAUGACCCAGUGGAAAUCCAAAGCGAACCUCAGUUCUGGUGCAUCGCUUGCUGAUGAUGCGAGCUUGGGUGGAGUCAAGCUAGGACUUUUGGCCUAUCCCACACUGAUGGCUGCUGACGUUCUUCUUUAUAGAUCUACGCAUGUGCCAGUGGGUGCAGACCAAGCACAACAUUUGGAACUAACGAGAGAACUCGCCAUCAAGACCAAUAAGUUACUGCGGACAGACUAUUUCCCAGUGCCUAAGACCCUGCUAGCCCCAACCAACAAAAUCUUGUCGCUGAAAAAUCCUCUGAAAAAGAUGUCCAAGUCCGACCCGGAGCCACUGUCCAAGAUAUUCAUCACGGAUAGCGACAAAGAUAUCAAAACGAAGAUUAACAAAGCCAUAACAGACUCCAUAGAUGGAAAAAUCACAUAUAACCCCAUAGAGCGUCCAGGAAUUGCCAAUCUUUUGACUAUCAUAAGUGCUAUCGAGCGCCGUCCCGUCAGCCAAAUUUUGAAUGAUGUUGAGAACUUUGAGAAGAGGGAGCUGAAGGCCUUGGUGGUGGAAAGACUCACCACCGAAAUCAAGGGCCCACGUGAGAGGUUCAGCGAACUAAUGAAGAAUGACGCCUUACUUAAUCGUAUAUCCAAAGAAGGAACGGAAAAGGCCAGAGAGGUUGCAUCGAAAACCAUCAAGGAUGUCUACGAGCUAAUGGGUUUGAAUUAA